AGGCAUCAGUUACUUGGAAGUCACUACCAGCUACGGAUAUCCAGUUCAUCAUGCGCUUCGCUCUACUUGCCGUUCUCCUCAUCGGAGUGAUCUUUGCCUUUGUUUCCGCCGGCGGUGGCGGUGGUGGCGGAGGUGGCCAAGGAGGUUGGCAGAAGAAUGGAGGAGGAGGAGGAGGAGGUGGUCAAGGAGGCUGGCAAAAGGGCGGCGGCGGCGGAGGAGGUGGCAAACAUGGAGGUGGUGGCGGAGGAGGUGGCAAGCAUGGAGGUGGAAACGGCGGUGGUGGAAAGCACGGUGGCGGCGGUGGAGGCGGUGGAGGUGGUGGAAAGCAUGGAGGCGGCGGCUGGUAAACACCAAAGAUCCCCAAGCGAAUCACAGAAAACACUCCAGCAACCACCCGAUACAAAAUGAUUUUUUUGGCGACGUUGUCCUACUAAAAACAAAACCUGUCUCGCCUCUUUUCCAUUCUCAAUUGUUUUAACGAUGUGUUUUCAUUACUUCCUUGUUUAAUUUAAAAAUAAACCUAUUUUCCUGCAAUAC